AUGCCAAAGACCUCGACGACACCACCAACAGCAGCGACGACGACGCCACCGAGGCGAAGUCAACGCUUGUCCAAACCGAGGGCAAAUAUCGAUGUCAACCCUACAGCAGCUUUCCCUCAAGGUUCUCCAGGUUCAAGUCCCGGUAGACAGUCGUUGAAGAAGACAAUAGGAGACCACACGACGGUUGAGUACGCCCAGCCAGUCGCGUCGACUUCACGAGUACAGCUUCCUUCACCGUCGCCUACGAGGAAGAGAAAGCACAGGAAUGAGGUAGAUUCACCAGUAGGAAAGAAGGCCAAACUCUCUGUGGGUAAAGGAAAGGCUAGAGAACGAGCAGCCACUACGUCAGACUCUAGAGAUGGGCAUUCCAAUGGAAAUUUUGCUACGCUACUCAGUUUUACACCACAUUCCUCACAAACGCACUACAACACUCGCAAGGAUUCUCGGAAGCCUGCCCUUCCACGCAUACCUUACAUCUUAACUAAGGAUAACAGAAGUUCGCCCUCCCAGACGCUGGCAAAGUCAGUUCGACGGCAGCCGAUACCUAGUCGCAAUGCCGAUGUGAUGACGGGAAGGAAGACAGGCAGAGCGCCACCAGCCUCGAGGGCAAAAAGCAGAGGUAAAGGCAAAUCAAAGUCCCCUUUACCUUCGACACUAUCGUCACCAACGGCAUCUCCACUAUCAACUGCACCCGCGAAACACUCACACCUUCCUCCGUUAACCACCACAACCCCUCCAACGACACCGCCAACCACUCCCAAAAAGCCGACAAUAGUCGCUCUCUCAGCCCUCUCACCACAAUCGUCCCAUGAUGAUCUCGAAACGGCUGACCUUCCGUUAUUGGUCGGACCAUCUCUGCCUCUACCACCUCUGGUGCUGCCUGUUGCUUCACCACAGCCCCAGCGAGGCCGUAGUCGUGCUCGAGGCACCUCUCCGCACAAUAUGCCUUCGAGAAGCCCUGUUAGGACCAGAGGCCGAUCGAGGAUGCUGGGUGUGAGUAGUAGCCCCCCCGCUCUCGAUGCUUCAACGAAAUCCCCCUUAAUCCCUGAUGCACCGAAUGUGCGCCCAUCCUCUCCACCCAUAAUCGGUGCUACAGCUACGACGAUGCCGUCUGAACUUACGGCUCCACCUUCUACUCCGCCGAGGUCAUGUGAGGAAACCGAAGAGCAAGAGGUCGAGGAAAUGAUGGUCGAUACUUACCUCGGAAACGAUGUUUCCGAGCGCACUGUAUCCGCAGAGUUGCAGUCUGAAGAUACUACUCCCGAAGACCAGUCGGAACGAGAAGACCAAGAGGUCGACGAGAAUACCGCACCACCAACGCCUCCCUUGCAACCAUUACCUCCUCCUGUUUCACUCGCACCCUCUCUCUGUCCGCCGCCAGCCUCUCUCGAUGUAGUUGAAAAUGCAAUGUCGCUACCUUGUCCUGAUGUCCCGGAUCUACCCCCUGAUCCAUUACCCAACCCCUAUGAGCACCAAGGAGAAGAACAACAUGUUCAACUUGAUUAUGAGGAUUUCACAUCCCCUUUGUCUCCAACUCCAUCUAUCUCAACUAUUUCCGAACCACAAACCCCUCGUCGUCUCGGUGCCAAGGGUAGAAGAUAUAUCGCGGGAGUCGUUUGGGAGCUCGAUAGAUGGGGUAACUGGAGACCUGUUGACGACGGCAGUGGGAGCAGUGUGUUGGGAGGUCCAAAUAGUGGACUUGGAUGUACGGGUAGCGGAGGUAGUGGAUGGGGAAUGUGGAAAUCGAUGUGUAAAGCGCGAGUUGGCCUUUUGUGA